CUUCAACCUACGCCUAAAUUCAAACCACUUUCUUUUCUCCUUAUAAUUCUUCUUCCUCUUCUUCACCAAGCUAGAGUUACAGGUUUUUUCACAUAUCAAAAAAAUAUGGGUGGAAAUUCUCCAUGCGCCUCCUGCAAGUUGCUCCGUCGCCGUUGCGCUAAAGACUGUAUCUUCGCCCCUUACUUUCCCUCCGAUGACCCUCACAAGUUCGCCAUUGUUCACAAAGUCUUCGGCGCUAGUAACGUCAGCAAAAUGUUGCAGGAGCUUCCGGUUCACCAGAGAGCGGAUGCAGUGAGCAGUUUGGUGUACGAAGCGAAUGCGCGAGUGAGAGACCCCGUUUACGGAUGCGUUGGGGCCAUUUCUUUUCUGCAAAACCAGGUUUCUCAGCUGCAAAUGCAACUGGCCGUGGCUCAAGCGGAGAUGUUAUGCAUCCAGAUGCAGCAAGACCCCAUCAUGCCGACUCCACAAAUAGAAGAAGUCGACCCAGACCACAAGCCGUCUCUUCUCCAGAACAAUCUUCCUCAUCAGUACCUGAAUUUUGCUUCUUCUAGCAAUGUUAGAGAGAGCUUCUUUGGACACGACAUGGUUUCUUAAUAAAUUAACUUUUUAAAUUUUCUUUUGGCUUUAUGCCUUAAAUCAUUGUUAAUUAGUCUUCUUAAUCUCUCCACCAUUGACAAGUAGUGAAGU